AAUUUAAACAAAUCCACCAGCCUCUGCAAAGAGAAUAUCAGAAACAUCAGGAACCUGUCCAGCAGUCUAACACAAAUCUGAGUGAGUCCUAUCAUGAAGAUCUGGAACAAAAUAAAACAUCACAAAACUGCCUAGAGAGAGAUGCAGAACAAACACCGAAGACAUUAGGGAUGGCCCAUGAAGAGAUCCAAAGACUCGUGGAUGAACUGCAAGGGAAGGAAAAAGAACAGAGUCAAUUAGAUUCUGCACUUGAGAAGGCUCAACUAGAAAUUGAAGAAUUGAAAGAAAAUUUGACAAAGCUGAAAGAAAAUGAUUCAAUUGACCUAAAGAAAGCAAAGGAACACAAUCAGAGACUAGAUGAGGAAAUUCUGGCUUUACGAAAUCGGGUUCGAUCACUUGACUCAGAAAAAAAAGUGCUUGGAGAAACGGUUGAAAGGCUUAAAGGAGACAUUUGUGAAUCUCAAGAGAAUAAGCAACUUGGAAACCACUCCCCUGGGAAAACUGUGGGUGCUGAACAAAAAGUACAGAUAUUGAAAAUGAGCCAAGAAAAAAUUGAAAUAUUUGAAAGUGAGUUGUCAGAAGAGAGAGAAGGGAGAAAGCAAUUGACAUCUGAUCUUAAUACUCUACAGAAGGAUUUGAAAGUUGAUAAUGAGGAAUUGCAAAAAUCGAAGUCAGAACUUAUAUCACUUUAUAAUGAAAUUCAAAGUCUUCCAGGGGCAGCAGAAGACAGAGAUCAUUUUUUAAUAGCUUAUAACCUGCUACAGAGAGAGAAUUCUGAAUUAGAAACAAAGUUUUUUAUUGUUGUAUUUGCACCAAGUCCUGAACUAGGAGAAAGUAAGCAGAAGCAAAUUCCAGAGGAGUCAGUAAAGGAGGGCACUUUUCCAAGAGAGAGGCAGAAAGAGGAGGACUCGCGGCAGAACUGGGAUAUGGAAGGUGAAGAACAGCAAUUGACCUUGAAGCCUGAGGAAGUUGUGAAACUUAGAGAAGAGCUAAGCCAGCUGAAUCAGAGCCUCCUUCCAUCUCAGAGAUCUGGGGAUAGCUCAGAUGACAGGAACACCCAGAUUUUGGAUCUGCAGCAGAAACUGGAACAUGCUCAUAAAGUCUGUCUCACAGAAACUUGUAUUUUGGAGAAGAAGGAGCUAGAGGAAAGGAUACGAGAAGCAAUGGAAAAUGAAGCUAAAUUAAAGCAACAAUAUCAAGAAGAACAACAGAAGAGAAGUUCCAAGUACUUGACAGCAUUUGGUGUUCUUGUUCCUGUUGUCAUCAUCAUCAUCAUCUUCCUCAGUGACAUAACAAUUGAACUAAAGCAGACCCAGCAGAAGUUAUUAGACAGUGCAAAGAUGUGCUCUUCACUCACAGCAGAGUGGAAGCAGUGUCAGCAAAAAAUCAAGGAACUGAAGCUGGAAGUACGCAAGCAGGCUCAGAGCAUUAAAUCACAGGAAAAGCUGGAGAAGUCGAAAGUUGCCGAUGCAGAGGAAAAGCAUCUCAAGAGCAACCAGGAAUUGGCAGAGAAGGUGUCUAAGCUGCAGCAAGAGAAGGAAGCCCUACGUGAAGAAUAUGGGAAGUUUUUGAAGCAGUUUGAUUUCCAUGUCAGUUUUGAGUUUUUAGUAAUGGUGCCGAAAUUUUUAGUUAUGCCUCUGAUUUAUUCCAUUCUUAGAGUACUUUUCCUGGAUAAAGAAAAUAAGCAAUUACAGGAGAACAGUCUCCGGCUCACACAGCAAGUUGGCGUCUUAGAGCGCAUUAUAAGUAGCAUCCAGAUUCGCAGAGAAGAGGAAACAAGUAGUGGCAUCCCUGAAUUUGAAGUAUUUAAUAAAAUCUUGCCUCUAUCAAUCUCCAGUUUUUCAGGAACAGGUUUGGCACAGUCCAUUGGAAGUCUUCAAGAGACCAAAGAACAUAAGUCAGAAGAAGCAGUGGCAAACCCCAAGUCCUUCAAGUCUCUUACGUGUUCACAGAGUUCCAAAGCUGGAUACAUAAACAUGGCUCCUCUGAAAGAGACACACUGCAUCCAAGAACAAGAGCAAAAGUCUGAACUAUAAAGUCACUGGUGUCUAAACUAGACUGAUCAAUGAUGCUGCUAACUUAAAGCUUGGGCGUGAAGGUAGAACUUGAUGUGGAAAAGAGUUAAAACAGAUCCUCACUGGAUAUCAUCAGCCAGGAGUCUUCAAAAUUGCUGGUAAAGUCAUUAAACCAGUUCUAAAAACGGAUUUCUCAAGUUUGUUUGAUAUGCUCAAAUGCCUUGUGUUGAUCAACAUAGUGACUUAAGUUCAGUGAAUUAAUAGAGGUUUCUGUUCAGCAGAACACAUAUAAAAAUUAAGUCAGUAUUCUUUCCUAGUAUUAUGGGUAUUGUCUUAUUUUUUUUAAACUAAAAAUCAUAUAAUCACAUUAAAGCAAAUACUUUAAAAAGGAGAAAAAAACCCUCCUACAAUGCCACAUUCUGAACACUACUAUUUUCCUUUUGGAGUUAGUCCCUUCUGAUUCUUAUUCAACUUCAUAUAUUUGAAAUGAUUAUUAUAUUGUAUUUUCACAGUCUGAUUUUAAAUUUAAUCACCAUAAAACACUUUCCCAUAUUUAACUUUUCAUAAUUAUUCUUUCAAUAGUCAUGUGAUAGUCUAUUAUGUUGAUGUUGUAUAAAUUCUCUGGCUAUUUGACAUCCAAGUUUCAACUUUUUCUCUAAUUAAGAUUAUGCUGUGGUGAAAGUCUUCGUGAAGUAAGCUCUUUUCUUCUCUUAAGUUAAUCCAGUCACAAGAUAAAUGUUAGAAAGUUUUGGUACAUCACUUGUCUCAUUGCUUUUUAAAAUGUGUCAACAUACUACUGUUUUUACAGUCAACCUCUUUAAGCCUCAAUUUCUUGAUGCAUAAAAAUGGGAACAAUGGUACUUCCUAUCCCAUAGGGUCGUGAGGACCAAAUGAAAUGAAGCGUGUAUUUUGCACUGAGUAACUACUUAAUAAAUGCUAGAUAUUUUCAUUUCUUUUCACUUGCAGUUUGAGUGUACUAGUUUUUCCACAACCUCAUCAACAUUGGACAUUAUCAAUUUAAAAAAUUUAUUCUAAAAUAGUUGGUAUAGGGCCAGCCGAGCGGCUCAGUUG